UGGAGACGGGAAUGGUUGUUUUGACAACGUGGUAAGCAGCGGGUAAGCGGGGAGAAGUUCACUGUCACUUCCUGGGAAAAGUGAAUCUGGCAAUUUAGGGGACCGCUUCUUACCCAGCGACCGGACAAGAUGAGCAUCAAUUUCAGUGCAAACCAGUAUGAAAAUGCAUUCAAGACUUUGAAGAACUGGGAAGUGCCAACAGGGUUUGGUCGCUACCCAUCGUCUCGUGAGGGAUUUACUCAGAUCAUCGCUUCAGACAGAGGGCACCUGCGACCUGGCGUGACAAGAGACCGGUCAUCGCCAUGGGGCGCAUUCGUUGGCACUUGGGACAUGCCCACCAAAGUACCAGGAAACAACAUCACCAACAGCACUGCCCGGUCUGGACAAGCCAUUACGAAGUUGGACAGGAUGAAGACAGAUGGGGAGAUUAUCCUGAAUGGGCAUCUCAAGAGGUGCAGGAUCCCUCCACCACAGCGGGUUCAGGAUGAUGUUGAAACCAUCUUAGCAGCCACAACUCUGAAACCAGCCACGCCCAAAUCAGCCACGCCCAAAUUCGCCUCAGGGAGAUUAUCAGGUGCCGGGGAGCCCGCCGUGGAGUCCCGGAUCCGAUCUGGAGCAAUGAACCCUAUCCCGGGCUGUAACAAUUCACUCAAGUCCAUCGACUGGCCACGUCCGGGAGAAUCGCGCAUGGAGAGAGCACAGCGGCCAUCAUCCCAUACAUCCAAACCACCAUCCCCCUCUGUGCCCACAUGUCCUGCGGAGAUUGCGGCGGCAGGUUUUGCAGCGAACAUGGUCGGAACCCCAGAACCGGAACUCCAGGCUCUGCAGAGAGGUAUCUCCCCUGCAGGAAUGGUGACAUGGCAUAUGCCCAAAUCUACGGAACCACCCCAAGUUUAGUGGUUCAAGACUUCAGGGGAAUUUAAAAUUUGGGAAGUAGUUUUCAACUUUGAACUCAAUCUAAAUUAAAAUGUUCCCAAAUGUCCUCAAAUUGAUAAAUUAUGAUUUGUAAAUUUUCUCUGAUAGUUAUUUUGACUCAGAUAUAAAGGAACUCUGAAAGAUUUUUUAAUUGACUUACAUGGAAAUACAUUGUCAGUGCUAUUUGUAAUUCAAUCAUGAAAAUAUUUACUUUCACAUCAGAUUGUUGUUAGAUUAAAGACAUUUAUAUCCUCUCUUGAAAUAAGCCCUUAAACCUUUAGAAAGCAGUUUGAAUGUUUAAGAUCUUACAAAAGCACAUGUGAUAUUCUGUUUCUUUUACGAUCUGUUUUUAUUUUUGUAAGCAUGUGAGUUUUAACCAGUGUUUUUUUGUUCUAACAACAAACUGUGCAAGUUUAGUGAUGUCUUACUAAUAUCAUUCUGAAAGUUGAGAAAGAUUUUGUAAAAUCAGAAUUAUGAUUCAAUGUUUAAAUGUGCAUGUGACAAGAUCUCUGUAUAUAAAAGAUGACAUCUUGAGUCAUGAUGCUUUAAAGUUGAAGAUAUAUUUAUGGUUAAUGUGGGCUGGUGGGGUUGAGUUGUGGGGAUGGUAUAGGCAGCACAUUGUGUCCGUCAAAUAACUUUGAAUUUGAACAUCGUGCUGCUCUCUUCAAGGCUUCACACUGUGAUAUAGCAAUACAGCAAUCCCUUUGUUUCUUCGUAAUGAGUCACAAACGAAAGUAUGUAAAUGUUUGAAAAUAAUCUGAUUGUAUAAGGAUAAAUUUUGUAUGAAUAUUACCAAGAACAAUGGUAUAAUUAUUAUUUUGAGGUAAAUGAAAUGUUACCAUCACUGAAAAAAGAAUAAUUUCUCCAUGUUUUUUCCCUGACUAUUUCCCUUAUUGGAGUAGGUACGUCUCAUUAGUUAGCCAGACUGAAUCAUUUCAGCUGUCAACAUUUUAGAAUGUUCUGUACUCGGCACGUCACAUGUUCUGUGUUCUCGUCUUGUCCAAACUUCUUUUACCUCAAGCUUUGUUAAUAAAACUGUUAAAACAAA